AUGUCGGCUCGCGACAUAAUGAUGGAAGUACAAGAGUUCCGUGCUUCACCCCUACACAACGCACAUCAGAAGAUGUUCCCACUGAACGAUACACGUAUCAAAAGGCAAAGUGGAUGCGAGGGCUGCUGCCUACCGGGACCACGUGGUCCCGACGGACCACCAGGCAAGGACGGCAUACCGGGACGUCCGGGUGCAGAAGGUCCACAAGGAUUCCCUGGACGACCACCAAGAAUAUGCGAAGAGCCAACACCAGCACCAUGCAAACCAUGCCCUUCAGGACCACCAGGUCCACCUGGUCCAGCCGGAGACAAAGGUCAGUUUUAG